CUCUCAGACGUAACACAAUGAAUUCAAAGAUUUUGCUGGUGUUGUGCCUGACAGCUGUUGCUGUGGCAGACAAGAGACCUUCCUUCACUUAUGGACCUCCAAGGGGUUCUUCUGAGGAAUCUGGUCCAGCUCAGUACAACUUCAACUGGGCUGUCGAUGACGACCCCUCAGGCAACGAGUUCGGUCACCAGGAGAGCCGCGACAACGACAACACCAAGGGGUCGUACAGCGUACAGCUCCCCGAUGGUCGUCUCCAGACUGUGACUUACUACGUGGACGGUGACUCAGGCUACGUGGCUGACGUCCAGUACCAGGGAGAAGCUCGCUACCCUGACUCUGACGAAGUCAGGGCCUACGCCCCUCCAAGACCAACAUAUGGAUAAGACCAUCUCUCAGAUCAACAUAUGGAUAAGACAAUCUCUCAGAUCAACAUAUGGAUAAGACCAUCUCUCAGAUCAACAUAUGGAUAAGACCAACUCUCAGACCAUCAUACGGUUAGGAGCAUCUCUUAAGAGAGCGUAUUAUAUAGCCCACCAGACUAACAUACUGAUAAUAAAUUCUCUAAAGUCAAGGGAAACCUACUGAUUAGCAUAUAUUGUAAUGUAAU